AUGGGGGAUAAGUUCGAGCUGCUGAAGACACCUGUCAACAGGAGAGCUGCGCUUAAGAAAAGCAAGAAUGAGAAACUGCGUUUGCGCGUGAUCUUCUUGGACGAUAGCGAGAGAGUUUUCGAGGUGGAGAGAGACAUUCUCGGUUCGGAUUUCUUCAAUAAGGUGUGUGGUCAUUUAAAACUGCUGGAGAAGGAGUAUUUUGGCCUAGAGUUUCGUCACCUUACUGGAAGUUAUGUUUGGCUCGAACUCCUGAAACCUGUGGCGAGACAGCUCAAGAAUACCAGCGAUGUGGCAUUUCAUUUCAUUGUGAAGUUUUUCCCUCCUGACCCAGGACAACUGCAGAGAAGCUUGACCAGGUAUCUGUUUGCCCUUCAGAUCAAACAGGAUCUGUCGAAUGGCAGCCUAACCUGUAAUGACAACAGCGCCGCUCUGCUGGUCUCUCAUAUACUACAAGCUGAACUCGGGGAUUAUGAUGAGGAAUUAGAUGCUCAUCAUCUUGAAAGCAAGCAGUAUGUGCCAAACCAGGAGUAUCUGGACCACAAAAUCCUCCGCUUUCAUAAAAAACACAGAGGUCACACUCCUGCUGAAUCAGACGUGCAUUUGCUGGAGGUCGCUCGUAAAAUGGACAUGUACGGGAUCCGCCCACACCCUGCUCAUGAUGGAGAAGGCAUGAGAAUCAACCUUGCCGUCACACAUAUGGGAGUGCUUGUCUUUCAGGGCAAUACAAAGAUCAAUACCUUCAGCUGGGCCAAGAUCCGUAAGCUGAGCUUCAAGAGGAAACAUUUCCUUAUUAAACUCCACACCGAGACUGGGCCUUCAAGAAGGGACACUGUUGAGUUCUCCAUGGCCAGCCGAGAUGUUAAUAAGGCAUUCUGGAAGUUGUGCGUGGAGUACCACGCUUUCUUUAGACUCGCUGAGGAACCCAAGUCACAUCCCAAGUCCCUUCUUUCCAGCAAAGGAUCCAGUUUUCGAUACAGCGGGAGGACGCAGAAGCAGCUUAUGGAGUGUGUGGGCUCUGGUGAGAAGAAACAUUUGCCAUUUCAAAGAUCCCAUUGUAAAUCUGAAUAUGACGCCCGUCAUUGCAGAUCCUCUCCUGACAUCCUUACCGACGUCUCCAAGCAGCUGAACAAGCAGUCCCGCCUACCUGCUGACUCAACCUUUGCCGAGCGACCCAGCGAACCAACCUGCAUAGCAAAGCGUAGCCUAUCUGCCGUGGAAGUCAUGUUCGCUAAUGAGCUAGAACGAUCCAGGCCCUUGUCAAGAAACCCUGGCUUCUCAAGCAAUUCUGCCUCGCCUAAACUUCGUUCUACGUCCACGUCAGGAGCAGAGCAUCGCGGCGGAGGGGCUCAAAGACAGAAAGCAAAGAGACGAUUGUCUCCCAGCGCUCAGCAUCUUGUUCUACUAUAUCCUAACACGCCCCAUCUGCAAUUCCACCCAGUGCUACCCACCUUCCCCCUCGCCGCUCACCCGUACCUACUCCAAGACCACACGUCCUCGUCGCUGGACCGCCUCUCUCAAACCCAUCAGCACUCGGUGCCUCUGCAAUACUUGCCUGGACAAAUCGGCCACUCCUCCUUACCCUCAUCUUGCUUAUCACCCCAAUUCUUGAAGCAUCAGGAAAGACUCCGCCUCGCCGGUCAGGGAUUUGCUGAAUCCAGUUUGUACCCCAGAGGAGGGGUAGGGUUAAGGGCAGGGAUGAACAGAAAACUAGAAUUGGGUAGAGUGGAGGCAGGCCAUUACAGCGACGACUCCACCUUUCACACCGGCUUGCCACGUCGAGCUUCUAGCCAACCAGACGUCAAAUUUCAGAGACCCACACUCGCCUCAAAUGCCGCCGCCUACGCGUCCGAGUAUCGCCCGCUGGGUUAUUAUCCACAUUUAUCACGACACCACAUUCCCACCAGGCCCACCUAUCUUCCUCUAAGCCCCGCCCCUUUUCCGGAAAGGCCGACUUCUUUAUGCGUACUCGGCACGAGCAGUUACAGUGAUUCUGAUUCUGACACUUUCUACCCAUACUUCCCAGCACUGGGCAGAGUGGUACGUUCUGGUCCGCUGGCACGGAUGCGCAUUUCUUCUGGAAGCCUUCAACUGGAUGAAGAGGAUGGAGAGGAUGAGGAAGAAGAAUAUCAGAAUGAACAGGAGAAUACAUCUCUCAAUACUGUCAAGGUGAUGAAGUUGUAG